AUGCUCAGCUUUUUGUUCCAGAUCUGAGUGGUCUACCCUGUCAUAGGCCAUAUAACUCAUUACAAAUUUAAUGAUUCCAAGUGGGUGAAGUUCAUUGCUUGAUUCGUCAUCAUCCAGGUCAUGAUCUUGGCUCAGUUGAGCCUCUUCUUCAGCUCGGAGAAGCAAACGAUUUAUCAGAUAAUGGAUAUUACUAAGAAUACUCCAAUUUCAGAUAUCAGGAAGUCCUUCAGAGAAGCCAGUGUUAAGUACCAUCCUGAUAAGAACAAGGAUCCUGAAGCUAAAGAAAUAUUCUACAGCUUGAGCGACAGCGUCGAGAUCUUAAAAGACGAGGAAAAGCGUGAGAUCUACAAUUAUUAUGGAGUCAAGAAAUACGAUAAGGUUCCAAAGCCAACAGCCAUGGGACCUAGUGAAGAAGAAUACAAAUUUCAGUUGUUUUUCCAAAAACUGAUGUUUUGUAUAGGCCAUAUUCCUACGUACAUUGCUUGGUUCUUUAUCCCUCUGGCUUACCUCCAGCAGUCACAGAGGAAGACUAAGUAUGCUAUCAUUGUCUUUGUCCUGGCUCUUGGAGCUCUGGACUUAGGCUUCAUGACCCAGGUGUUGCCUCCAAUCAUUUCUAUGUUUAUUAAAAUGAUUACUCCAAGCCAGUGGUUGUAUAAGACUAUGUUCAAAAUGAUCCAGACCUUGCUGCCCAGCUUGAUCUGUAUCAUCAUCGCUUACUUUGAUAUCUUCAUACUGAAGGUGCAUGAAGUCAAGGAGAGUGAUGAAGAAAUGUUCAAGAGUAAUAUAAAAGCUCAGAACAAAUUCUGUAAGAAAAUGAUUAAAUCCCAGGAAGAGCUUAUCGACACUUGUGAGGAAUUUAUUAAAAGCCCCACUAGGUAUUCUGGUCAAGACAGGAAGCCCAUUAUAGAUAUGGCUAAGAAGAUCCACAAACAAAUGCUAAUGAUCGGGAAUGUUGAAGGAGAGAAUCAGAAAAUUGAAGGUAAAUGGACUUUUGGCAAGAUCAUCAGCUUCGCCUUCUUCAUCUUCAUGAUGUUCAAGAGCCUUUAUUAGUUAUAUUCAACAC